AUGAUCAGAAAGCGUUCUCGCCCUCAAACUGCUGCUCGUGCGCGCGAGGCCGAUGAUGCUCUCACACAACCUGAAGUUGGUUCACCGACAGCAGACGCAGAAGAGGCGAACUUACCACUGCAUGAACUAGUCGAGCUGCGCAAACUCAGGAGACAGAGAGAGGGAAUCGACGCCACCAAACUCAUCGCGGGCGAAACGAAGAAGCGCCGGAAACGCGGUCCUGACGAAGGCGAGCCCGGCGAGACGUACGGCUUGAAAACUGGUGUGCGGCCUGCGGAGGAAGCUGAAGACGAUACUGGCGACAAGGACGCUAAAGCGCGUCGUUCCGUGCGACAGAGUAACUUCACGCAGCAGACAAACGCGCUAGACGUUGACAAGCAUAUGAUGGCCUAUAUCGAAGAGAACAUGAAGAAACGUCGUCUGGGAGAAUCAUCUGGAGAGGCUGCGGCCGGGACGUCGAAAGACGCGGCAGAAACUCCCGACCAGUCUGACAGCAAGCGCAAAACGCUUGAAGAAGGCAACGUUACCAAUAGCGCGUCGAUGUUGACCGCCAUUCCCGAAGUUGAUCUUGGAAUGGACGCACGCUUGAAGAACAUUGAGGAGACUGAGAAAGCGAAGCAAGAUAUGGCCCACGAAAGACAGGCUCGGAAGAGGCUGGUGCCCAGCGACGAGCAGCAUCUGGUGAACCAGCGAUUCUACCAACCUAAUCUACGCAUGAAAUCGGAUGCGGAUAUCAUUCGCGACGCAAAGCGUGAAGCGAUGGGCUUACCACCACAAGAGGAAGAGGAGUAUCGCCCUCGAAAUCAACACGGUCAAGUUGCGACGGACGAUCUGGCUAUGGAACGCUUCAAGAAACGCAUGCGCAAAUGA